AUGGGAGUGACCCUGGUCUCCAACCUGGCAGGGGCCCGCAGGGUAUCUGCUGGUGCCUCUGGCACCGGUGCCUGGUAUCUUCCCCUCCUGGAGCCCGCGGUUUCCGGGCUUGCAGCGGUGCUUGUGAGCCCCUCCCGGGCUGGGGCCAGCACCGGGGCGGGGCGCAGCCAUGGCCUGGGGCGCUGGAGCCCUGCCUCCCCAGCCACCUCGCUGCAGCCUUCGCCUGCCAUCCGGAGGCUGCUGUGCAGACUCUCUCGGCGCCCUUUUGCCCAGGGCCCCGGCCGCGCCGUCCAAGCCGCAGCCCUAGACUUAGAAGCCGCGGGAGUCACGCCGCUCAGGAGCAGCUCCAUGGCGGAGCAGCUGGCCUUGGUGAUAGGGGGCAUCAUUGGGGGACUGCUGCUGCUGAUUAGUGGGAGCUGCUGUCUGUGGAGGAGACUUUGCUCCACCUUCACCUAUGAGGAGCUGCCAGAGACACCAGACCCGGCCACCACCUCUUCCUUCAGCAGACAAGAGGACAGGCUCUGCCCUUAUGCUGGGACCCCACCCGGCAGGCUACCAAGUAUACCAUUUGUUGUACCCACUUCUCACCAAGGCCGAGACUGGGUGCCCCUACAUAGUGGAGAUUGGGCUCUGGUCCCACAGGACACCUGCCCUGUCCCAGAGCACAUGCCCUACACCUCCAGUGCCAACCCUGGAGAUGCCUGUGUGAUAGGGAACAUCAACCCAGAGUUGUACAAGUCCCCAGAGGACACAAGUGAGACAGACUUCCCUGAAGGCUGCCUGGGCCGGCUGUGGUUCUCCGUGGAGUACCAACAGGAAUCUGAGAGGUUGCUGGUGGGCCUGAUCAAGGCUCGGCAACUGCAAGUCCCCUCAGAGACCUGCAGUCCCCUGGUGAAGCUCCACCUGCUGCCUGAUGAACGGCGCUUCCUCCAGUCCAAGACAAAACGCAAAACCUGCAACCCACAGUUUGAUGAGAACUUCAUAUUCCAGGUAUCCAGCAGAAGUGUCACCCAGAGAGUGCUGAAGUUCUCCGUGUACCAUGUAAACAGGCAAAGGAAGCACCAGCUCCUCGGGCACGUGCUAUUUCCCCUGAAGAAUGAGAUCCUGGCAGGGGACCACCACCAUGUCAUCUGGAGAGACCUGGAAGCCGAGAACCUAGAGCCUCCUUCAGAGUUUGGUGACCUUCAGUUCUGUCUCAGCUACAACGACUACCUGAGCCGCCUGACUGUGGUUGUGCUCCGUGCCAAAGGUCUCCAGAUCCAGGACAACAGGGGUGUUGUCAGCGUGUUUGUCAAAGUGUCCCUGAUGAAUCACAACAAAUUCGUCAAGUGCAAGAGGACUUCUGCUGUGCUGGGCUCUCUCAAUCCUGUGUACAAUGAAACCUUCAGCUUCAAGGCUGACGUCAAUGAGUUGGACACUGCAAGCCUUAGCCUGAUGGUGCUGCAGAUCACGGAAGGCGACAAGAACUACCCCCUGGGCCGUGUGGUAGUGGGCCCCUACAUGUACACCCGAGGCAAGGAGCUGGAGCACUGGGACGAGAUGCUCCGCAAACCCAAGGAGCUGGUGAAGCGCUGGCAUGCACUCUGCCGCCCCACAGAGUCCUGA